AUGUCCGCGCCUUCGACUUCAGGUGCAGGCGGUGAGGCAGGUGGAGGGCUGCACAGUACGAGCGCGAGGCGGGCGCCCACUGGCGGCGCCGGUCAUGGCAACCGGCGCCCGGCACGUCCCUCUGGCAGAGCGCCUGGGGCGCAGCAGGUGACGAAGCAGCGCUAUUGCCGAUGUGGGAAAGCUCAUCGGCCGGACAGGUGUCGUUACGCUAACUAUAAUUGUAAUGAGUGUAAUCAACGAGGUCAUUUGAAAGUGAUGUGUCGAGUGCGUGAAAAUAUUCGUAGUGCUAGACAGAAUUACGCGGACUUGAAACCCCACCGCCCCGAUUGCACCAGCUACUCGUUACCUCCCCGGGCUGCUCGCAACCCGGGGCAACCAAGCGAAAGCUAG